AUGUUGUUCCUCAAGGAUCUCAAAGCGAACAAUGACCGAGAAUGGCUCAAGAUGUAUGAUGCCGAUUAUCGCUCGAGCCUGAAAGACUGGAACUCAUUCGUGGAAUCUUUGACCGAAGAACUGACCAAAAUCGACGAUACUAUCCCAGAGCUGCCACUCAAGGACGUGGUCUUUCGUAUAUACAGAGACAUACGGUUCAGCAAAGAUCCUACCCCUUACAAACCAUAUUUCUCCGCCGCCUGGAGCAGAACGGGCCGCAAAGGACCCUAUGCCGCAUACUAUGUUCAAAUUAGUCCAAACGACAGCUUUGUUGGUGGAGGCUACUGGUCUCCAGAUGCGAGAGCUCUUGCAGCUCUCCGCACCACCAUCGACGAAAACCCACAGCGGCUGAAGAACGUGUUGAUGAACGACAAGAUGCGAGCCGAGUUCCUUUCAGGCAGUUCGACCAAGGUAGCCGUGAAAUCCUUCGUCAAGACGAACGCCGAGACUGCGCUGAAGACUAAGCCAAAGGGAUAUGACGCUGGUCACCCGGACAUCGAUCUUCUACGCCUCAGACGCUUUACAGUCGGUACCAAGUUGACUGACGCUGAGGUUCUCGACGCGCAAGUUCUCCGCCGAAUCGCGGAUCUUUUCUCGGCGUUGCACCCGUUUGAAAGUUAUGGCUGA